UGGACUUUUAGGAAUAGAGAUUUAAGAAAAUUGUUCACAAAAAUACGACAAUUCAGAACAAGUCCUUUUAAUUGAACAAACCAAACAGAGUCCUACUUUCGAUCUGUGUAUGUUCAAUCCCAUAUCAAGGCACACAUUGCUCUGUAAUCCGUAACGGAUAGCAACUCGAACUGUAGCCAUGGAGGCCAAGGUCGGGUAUAAUUUCCUGGGAAAGACCGGAGUAAAGGUUUCCAACAUCUGCCUUGGAACAAUGACAUUCGGCACCACCGACAAAGGACCCAUGGCACUGUUUUACAAUAACCCCAAACAAACCGACGAGGCGACAUCGCACAAGAUCUUGGACAGAUACGUUGAACUGGGUGGAAAUUUCAUCGACACCGCUAACGUCUACGCGGCCGGAGAAUCCGAGAAGAUCAUCGGAACUUGGCUCAAAAAAAAGGAACGCGAUGACAUUGUACUGGCAACGAAGGUCCGGUUCCCCUUUGACAUGGCCAAACUGAAAAAUGGGAAUGGUCUGAGCAGACGACACAUCAUCGAGAGCUGCGAGGCCAGCCUGGAAAGGCUGCAGACAGACUAUAUCGACCUGUAUCAGGGUCACAUGUGGGACAACGCUACGCCCGUGGAAGAAACCUUACGCGCGUUCGACGAUCUCGUGCGCUGCGGCAAGAUCCGUUACUAUGGUUACAGCAAUGUGUGUGGCUGGCAGCUGCAGAAGAUCGUAGAGACGGCGAAACACAUGAAUCUGAACCCUUGCGUUACUUUGCAGCAACAGUACAGCCUGCUACGGCGUGACUCGGAGCUGGAGGCGUUUAUGGUGUGCCAGAACGAGGGCAUCGGCGUGUUGCCAUGGAGCCCGCUCAAGGGUGGUAUGCUGACGGGCAAGUUCAAGCGAGAGGUGACGCCUGACCCAACCGGAAGUAGGGCCGGCUACAUGGCGGCCAAGAAGAGCGAGGGCAAGACGACGAUGAGCAACUGGGACGAGUUUAACAAUGACGAUAACUACUGGAAGCUCAUUGACAUUAUAAAGAAAAUUGCAGACAACAAAAGUAAGUCCGUGCCACAGGUGGCAUUGCGCUGGCUGAUUCAACAGGAAGUCGUGUCCUCCGUGAUCAUCGGCAGCACGUCGCUUCAGCAACUAGAGGACAACAUGGGCGCCUCUUCCGGCUGGGAGCUCUCCAAAGAGGAGAUGAAAGAGCUUUCGGACGCUGCCCCGCUGAACAAGCCAUACCCAUACGACAUGAUCUGGAGCGGCGCCCAGACAUCCAGACACAACCCUUUCGCCAGGUCCAACAAAAUACCAUAAAGCACCAUAGACAACGCAUUUGCCAGGUCCAACAAAAUACCAUAAAGCACCAGAGACAAUGCAUUCGCUAGGUCCAACAAAAUACCAUAAAUCACCAGAGACAACGCAUUCGCUAGGUCCAAAAAAAUACCAUAAAGCACCAGAGAUAACCCAAUCGCCAGGUCCAACAAAAUACCAUAAAGCACCAGAAAUAACUCAAUCGCUAGGUCCAACAAAAUACCAUAAAGCACCAGAGUUAACGCAAUCGCCAGGUCCAACAAAAUACCAUAAACCACCACAGACAACACAUUGUCAGAUUUGCCAAACUUAUGGACUAUGAACACAUUAAGAAAAUAUGUUGUGAAAUUAUAAGAACAUUUCCUUUGGGGCUUUUAGUUUUAAAUUAGUACGCCGCCACGGAACUGCAUAUGUGUGCAUUUUGCAUUCUGCUUGAUUUGUAUGAGAAAACAUUUUUUUAAAGCAUCGUAUAUUUACCUUUUAUACUUCGUUCGACUAGUAAUUUAUUUCUUUUAUUUUAGAUAAAAUAUACAUACAUUAUAUAUGUCAUAUUUCAAUAAAGUGCGAAUUUAUAGUA